CUGACACUCGUAACGUCAGAGUCAGACUCCCCACAACACAAGAAUUCGCACUGAAAAAUUUCAAGUUUUUUUAGUGUUUCUUUUCCAUAUUUCCAUCCAGGAAAGGCUGCAAGGGAAAAGUCGCGAUGGCAGAGGCAGCGGUCGAAGAGCGGCCCUCCGCAAGAUUCUAUUGUCACAUGUGUAACGUGGAGUUCCAGAAUGCUGCUAAUAAUUUCACAUGCCCCCAUUGCUCUGAUGGAUUUAUUGAAGAACUUCAAGAGAACAGGGAAGAAACCCCAACUAGAGUCAAUUUACCAGAUGGAUUCUCGUGGCUGGAUCAUGGAGAGAUGGAUGUGCAACCAAUGGAAGUGCCCCUGGAAGGAAGGUAUAGCGGAAUUCCAAGAACGUUGACUCGUUUAGCCUCCUCCAAUUUAAGACAACAACUACCCAUAGAGCAUCUAGUCCAAGAUUUUAUAAUAAAUUUGGGAGUAGGGGUAAACCUCGGAGGUCCAGGAAAUGUCCAGUUAUUUUUGGGAAACCCAGGUGAUUAUGCUUGGGGUAGGGAAGGCUUAGACGCAAUAGUCACUCAGUUAUUGAAUCAAAUGGACAGCACAGGACCCCCGCCAGUAUCUAAAGCAGUCAUUGACGGUUUACAAGUGGUAGAAGUAACUCAAGAGCAGGUCGCCCAAAAUAUGCAAUGUUCAGUGUGCUGGGAACAGUUUGCGUUGCAGGAAAAAGUGAGGCAACUUCCUUGCCUUCACAUAUACCACGAGGCGUGUAUACGACCCUGGCUUGAACUUCACGGUACCUGUCCUAUUUGUAGACAAAAUUUAACUGGUGAUGGUGAAGGGGGAGGAGGUCAGAGUGUUGGUGCUGAUCAUACAGGUGCAGAAAAUGCUGCUGGGCAAGCAGUCAACGUACAAAAUGUGCUCCGGUCUCUAUUUGGUGCUUCCCCUUCCAGUAGUCGAGAUAAUAAUGAAAUGGAUCAAUCGGGCUCCAGUAAUAAUUGGAAUUUCCAGUAGUCGUAGAAGGGGGGUAAUGCGUUGUAGCUUAGGCAACCAAUUAAAUAUUUUGUAAAGACAACUUUUUCUAAACAUAUGAUUUCAAUAGAUGGAUAUAAUUUAAUUGCUAAAUUAAAAGGUAUACACACACAAAACUCUUUUAGGACGCUUUUAUUUAUCUGCUUGGAGCUAUUCUAGUUACGGAGGUUUAACAAUAAUUAUUUCUGAAAAAUAAAAAUUUGGCUCUAUUUGGUAAAAUCUCUGAGCGAUUCAAGAAUAUUCAACUGAUUUGUAUCUUUUUGAAUUAUGGAAAAUUGAUAAUUUGAUUUGUUAAUGCCUCCAAAACUCUAUUAACUCUUUAACUACAUAACGCAAACUUUUCUAGCCCUUGUUACUAUAGUGUGUCAAAGCUUUCCUUGAGUGUAGCUGAGAAUUACACUGUCAAAUUCAAGUUUUGAAGAAUUCAGUUCAUAAUUGAGUGCAAAAAUAUUGGUAGAAAUUAGUCCUAAGUAUGUUUUAUUUUUUAAUGUAGCAUGUUCAUAAUUUUUUUAUGCGAGUACACCAGAAAGAUAUAUUAAUUCGAAUUUUGUCAAAAAACUGUGAAAAUAUAUCUUGGCAAAUAUUCGCUAAUGCAAGUGAUAAUGACAUUAUUGAGAUUUAUUAAUGCUAAUUUUCAUUGUAUUGAGAAUUGGCUUUUUGACACACUGUAAAAGUCAUUUAGCUGAACGAUAUCUAGAUUUAAUUUAUAAAAUAUAAAUAAAUUAUUGUAUAAUGUGAUAAUGUUAGAUUAAACAAGAAAAAGUUAUUUUAUUUUUUACCUAUAUUCAUUUCCUUAAUCGGACUAUGAACUGUGAAUAGUGUUCCGAUUUUUAUUGAGGAUAUUGAAUAUAAAAAAUAUGCUAAUUAUUGUAUUAUUUAUUAAUUCACAAUAAUAUAUAUAUAUUUUUUUUUUUUCAAAUAAAGACACAGAGUGGAGAAGUAAAUGUUUAGUAUUUUUCAUAUUUUUUAUUAAUACCAAUUUCACACUCUAAAAAUUAUUUAAAUGGGCAUAUAAUACAUAAAAUUUGCAAACUCUUAACUUAUCACAAUUUAAAUGCAAUCAAUUUGAAUAUUUAUUAUUUUUCGCAAAUGGUCCCUUGGCUAAAUAGCAAUUUUUCUUUUAGGCAAUUUUCGUAUACGCAGUGAAAGAAGAAAAUUAAUAAUUAAAUUCGAUGUUUUUCUGAAAUAAUAAUUGACAUUUUUUGGAAUAUUCUAAACAGUAACAAUAUUUUAAAAUUUAAUUGGGACCUGAAAUAGAUCAUAAUUGAAAAUCCAAUUUGCUUAAUACUCCCUGUAAUAAUAUUUCAUUUAUUAAGAGGUUUUUAAAAAUGUUAGAACACUUUUUACAUCUGUAUUAGAAAAGUUACUAGCGGCAGUAUGAUUUGAGGUGAUUUUUGGUGAUCAGUACUACAUAUUUUGUUAAUGUGUUGGUAUUUUCAAAAGCUUCUCCAAAAUGAACUAAUUGGCAUAGAUAGUGUUCUUUUAUAUUUAAAUCCUAAAGUGUGCUAUUUUUCAACUGAAAAAUAUACAAUGUGUCUGACAAACUACAUUUUAUAAUAAUCAGUCUUAAAAAUGAUACUGAAAUGGAACAAAAAACGUUUGUGCUGUUUUGAACAAAACUGGCUUCUCCCUUAAAGGAAUGAAAUCUUAAUUAGCACGCAAAUUAUAGACACCAAUUUUUGUCUACACCCUGUACAAAUCUAGCGACAAUCAGCUUUGCUUUUGCAAAAAAUCACAGUAAUGUAGCAAUACAUUUAGUUAAUUUUUUUUUUUGAGCCAAUAAUUAAUUUAGUGUAAAUUUUUUACUAACAGAAAUACAGUUUCGAAACAAGAGCAAAAACAGGUGGCAGUCUUCCUAAAAAAUACCCUUACAAAUAAAGAAAAGUUCAACAAGUCGACGAAGAGCACCCUCGAAGAUCAGAUUUGGGUUUGAGCAGGUCUGGUUUUUCGUCGUUUGGUGGUGGAUCCAGGAAUGGAUAGCCCUAAAAUUAAUCAAUCAUUACAAAUUUUUUAUUUGCAUAAAUAAUCAAUGUUUUCUUAAGGCCAAAUAGAUCUACAAAUCUCUAGUUGAAAGUUUUAACAGAGCCUCAAUAUAUUUGAUGAUAUUUUUGUUAAAUCAAAGAUAAUCUCGUAUUACCUUUUGUUCUCUUUUCUCUCUAAUUUUCCUGGCUAAACACAUAAAACAUUUCUCUAUAUUUAUGUUGUCUUUACAGGAUACUUCAAAAAAUGGCAAAUCAAAAUGUUCAGCAAUCUAAAAUAAAU